AUGACUCGCCGCGGCUACACGCUGUUCGCCCUGGCCCUGGUGGGGACCUUCCCCUGCGUGUUCGCCUUCCUGAACUUGGACGACGGCUGGGCCAAGCGCUCCCUGCUGGUGUCCGCGCUGAUCAGCUGGUCGGGCUUCGCUGCCACGCGCUGGCUUGUGCCGAUCGCUAAGGCCUACACCCUGCGCGCGGGCCUCUUCGGCUACGACAUCAACAAGAAGGGCACGGAGGCGGGCGAGGUGCGCGUGCCGGAGGCCCUGGGGCUGGCCUCGGGGGUGGUCUACCUGGUGUGCAUCGUCUUCAUCCAGCAGCUGCAUCAUUACGACCACGCGCUGGGGGCGGGGAUCAUGCCGAAGGGCAGGGACUGGCGGUCGGACUACAACGCCGCGCUGGCAACGAUCUGCUUCAUGCUGUUCCUGGGCUUCGCGGACGACGUGCUGGACAUUCGAUGGAGGGUCAAGCUGGUGCUGCCGGCGAUCGCGGCGCUGCCGCUGGUGGUGGCGUACUCGGGCGGGACCAGCGUGGUGAUCCCCAAGCCGCUGCGCGGCGUCAUGGGCCUGCCGGACUUCCUGGACCUGGGCUUCCUGUACACGGUGUACAUGAUCCUGCUGACGAUCUUCUGCACCAACUCCAUCAACAUCCUGGCGGGCGUCAACGGUCUGGAGGUGGGCCAGACGUUCAUAAUCUCGUGCGCCGUGCUCUUCCACAACAUCAUGGAGCUGAGCGUGCCUGACGCCAGUGCCAACAAGGCUGCAGCUGGGGCCAUGGCCAACGGCCACCUGUUCUCCGCCUUCCUGAUGCUCCCUCUGGCCACCACCAGCUUCGCCCUGCUGGGCUUCAACUGGUACCCAGCCCAGGUCUUUGUGGGCGACACCUACACAUACUUUGCAGGGAUGGCCAUCGCUGUGGCUGGUAUCCUAGGCCACUACAGCGAGACACUGCUCAUCUUCCUCCUGCCCCAGCUCAUCAACUUCGUGUACUCCCUGCCCCAGCUGCUGAAGAUCGUGCCCUGCCCGCGGCACAGGCUGCCGCGUCUGGACCCGCGCACAGGCCUGCUGCACGCCACACCGAACUGGAACCUCAUCAACCUGGUGUUGCAUUUGAUGGGGCCCUGCGGCGAGGAGGCGCUGUGUGUGAGGGUGUUGGUGAUGCAGGUGGCGUGCUGCGCAGUGGGGUUUGGGGCCAAGUGGGCGCUACAGGGGGUGUUCCACGACUGA